ACCGGCACACGUGGCGGCCUCCCGGCCCCCCCCCGGCGGGAGGAGGCGGUGCCGGGGAACGGCUGCGGGCGGCAGGAAGUGCAGUAAGACCAUGAACCUACAGCAGGGAAUUGGGCACUGCAGGAGCUUGACAGAGGAGAAGAGCUGACGUGCUGGGCUCAGACCCACCAGCCGAAGGCAGAGGGAGUGUAAAGGGCAUGAUGAACAUGCCACAUGAUGCCAGAGGGGAGGGCCAUGUGCAGGAGCUGUUCCACGAGGAGGCCCAGCAGGAAUCCCAAACACAGAGCAGGCCCUGGUGGAAGAUCCAGCUGUUCGUGUGGGAGCCGGUGCUUUUUGGGACAUGGGAUGGCGUCUUCACCUCCUGUAUGAUCAACAUUUUUGGAGUGGUUCUUUUCCUGAGGACAGGAUGGCUUGUGGGAAACACUGGUGUUGUGAUGGGCAUGUUUCUGGUGUCCUUUGUGGUCCUGGUUGCUCUGGUGACAAUCCUAUCUGGAAUUGGGGUCUGUGAGAAGUGCAGCAUUGGAAGUGGAGGCGUCUACUCCAUGAUCUCUACUGUCCUUGGAGGUCAAGUCGGGGGGACCAUUGGGCUCCUUUAUAUUUUUGGCCAGUGUGUUGCAGGUGCCAUGUACAUUACUGGCUUUGCAGAAUCCAUCGCGGAUGUACUGAACCUCAGCAACAUCUGGGCAGUGCGAGGCAUUUCCCUGGCGGUGCUGCUGGGGCUGCUCGGGAUCAACCUGGCAGGGGUGAAGUGGAUCAUCCGCCUCCAGCUCCUGCUGCUCUUCCUGCUGGCUGUCUCGACGCUGGACUUUGUGAUCGGGUCCUUUUCACACCUUGAUCCAGAGCACGGCUUUGUUGGCUACUCUGAAGAGCUUUUAUUUAACAACACGCUGCCAGACUACAGCCAGGGGGAGUCCUUCUUCACUGUUUUUGGAGUGUUUUUCCCAGCUGCCACAGGUGUGAUGGCUGGGUUCAAUAUGAGUGGAGAUCUCCAGAAGCCUGCUACCAACAUUCCCCUGGGGUCUCUGGCUGCUAUUGGCACCUCGUGGUUUCUCUACAUGGUCUUCGUCUUUUUGCUAGGAGCCAUUUGCACCCGUCAGUCUCUCCGCUACGACUUCAUGAUAGCAGAGAAGGUAUCUUUGGUGGGUUUCUUGUUUCUGCUAGGGCUGUACAUCUCAUCCCUGGCCUCCUGCAUGGGGGGGCUCUACGGGGCGCCCCGAAUCCUGCAGUGCAUCGCCCAGGAGAACGUGGUCCCCAUGCUCGCCUUCCUUGGACGUGGGAAAGGACCCAACAAGACUCCAGUAGCUGCAAUUUGCUUAACAAGUCUCAUCACCAUGGCUUUCGUCUUCAUUGGGCAAGUGAACGUUCUUGCUCCGAUAGUCACCAUCAACUUCAUGUUGACAUAUAUUGCUGUAGACUACUCCUAUUUCUCGAUCUCCUUGAGCUACGACGUUCAGCAAAAACCUGGCAAGGCACUGAUGGAAAACACUAAGCCUCCUCACUCUUCCCAGCCCUUGAUUUUUAACAGGCCCUCCUGCCAUGCAUCAGAUGGAGUAAUUCAAAGCAGAUCGAAUGGUACCUUGCUGGAAUUCAGAAAAGACAUGGACCAGCUUUUUAAACCAUUUUGUGAUGAGCCAGAUGCUGGCAAAAAGGAAGGAGCUGAGAAUCUCCUGCAAAAAGUCAAACAGAAAAAAGCAAAGAAGCCAGCCAAGCAAAUGUUACAAGACAGCUUUCUUCUGGAUCUUGAUCACGAUGCUCCUCCAACUCAGUGUGGUUGGGAUGAGACCAUGGAGCCCCCACCCAAAAGCCAGCAGUGUGAGGUGGAAUCGUGCUGGGCACUGCCUGCUGUGGAUCACUGGGGGCCACCUGAGCACGGGGAGCAGCUGUGCAGCAAGGCACCAGAGGUCUCAGGUCGUGGGAUGGGAGAAUCAUCUACAAGGCAGCAAAAUCUAGAGCUGGAAAUUCAGCAAAUUCAAAAAUCCUUCUACUCCAAAUUCUGCAAUUACUGGGUUUCCUUUGCUGGUGCAAUUGUGUCCCUCAUCAUAAUGUUUGUCAUUCAGUGGAUCUACACCCUUGUCAGCCUGGGGGCAGCGGUGGUUCUGUAUUUCUACAUCGGCCAAGUGAGUCCAGGACUCCCCCUGGGAGCAGCAGCGAAUUUCAGUUUGUUCAGCUGGAUUAAGUCUGUUUUGACCACCCCAUGCAGGAGGAGGCCGUCGCCGAAGGAGCAGAUCGUGGUGACCCCAGCCUUUGCGACAGUGGGCAUGGAGACCAGGCAGCUCACCGAGGAGAACGAGGACUUUGCCUCCAGGCACCGCUACCACCAGUCCUCCCUCAUCAGCAGGGAAGAGUUCAGGAAUCAGUUUCAGUAAAGUUGGAGGAUGAAAAAAAAAUAGCAAGCUGUCAUUUCAGAAAGGGCUGAUGAGUGCCAAUCACUGCUGACAUGCCUUGUGAAAUACUUGAAUGUGUAUGGAAAGGAUGUGAUGGAUGUGAUUAGUUAUUUACAUGCUUGAGGCUUGUUUAUACAAGCUACAACAUGGCCAAGUUACAAAUCUUAACCUAAAGGGGAAGAAAAAAAAAAAAAGAAACCUGCCUGUUGUGCAGGGGUUUUCUACCUCAGAGUUUCAGUGACCAAAGCACUUUAAGGUGUUAGAUGAUAGGCCAGAGUCAGUGGCAAGUGCAAGAGGAUUAUGAAAUAUAUUCAUAACUGGAAUUGAACCUGUGCCUUUAUAAGCAGCAGUGCAGCAUGGUGAAAUCUACUGUGAAACGGUGAUGUGAUGCCUUAGAAGCUUUGCAUAGUGGCUUCCCACAUCCUUUCUGAAACAAGAGCCAGGACCUGAGAACACAGCUAUCUCCAAAUAGCACAUCUCUUGGCUAAAAGGAGAGAUGAUUCAGAAGUGCCUUAACAAGAUACAUUUAACCUUAUUUUGCUAAUUCUGCUUAAAGCUCAUCCUGUAUUGAGCUUUAUACAUGCAUACGCGUAAGUAAAAGGGGGGGAAUGGGGGAAGGAAUCACUGCCUCUCCCUUCUUGUAAUCUCUGAUCACUUCAGCCAUUAAAUUAUUUAUUUCUCCUUCUGUGCAAUAAAA